UAUGGAGACCGAGAUGGGGGGGGCUCGUCUGCGCAGGCGCGGGCUCAAAGAGCCGCGUCGCAGCGGCCCCGCUGAGCGUCUAGACCCAGACCCGGGUGCACUGUUCAGACUCCCCGGGAGCGCCAGGAGAGCGGCCGCUCCCAUCCCCCACGCCCUGCAGGUGCGUCGGUCCUCCGGAUCCUGCACCCUAGCAGCGGCGUCCAGGCAACCUAGGCUGUCAGGGACAAAAGGCAGCAAUCCCGGCCAGUCAGAAGAUCUGACACGUAAGUCAUUAGACUCCACUGGGCAGCGCCAUGGCCAUGAACCUUUUGCAAGAUUGGUGCAAGGAGCUGGCGGUGGAGGUGCACAGGGCCCUGCUGGUCAGCGGCAUCCCCGAACGCCUACAGCAGGCGGACAUCGAGGCCACCCUGCGUCAGAACUUGCAAACCCUGGGCGGCUUCAGGCUUCGGACUGUGAGAGCUGUGACCAAGGAGAAGGCCCAGGCUGCCCUGGUGGAGUUUGGGGAGGAUAUUGAUCACUCUGCCAUCCCCAGCGAGAUUCGGGGAGAUCAUGGGGUCUGGAGGGUUCUGAGCAAGGACCGGGGGCAGGAUGCACGGGUCCUCAGGCAGAUGAGGCGCCUGUUGCUGGAUGAAAGGCCCAUGGAUGACUUUAGAGAAAUAGCCAUCCCUCUGGUUUUGGAGGCCCAGGCCCAGGCCCAGGGGUUGGGGAAGGAUGCCAAGAAGGCUGGCCCCUUUGAAGGGGCUCCCAAGAAUGGCCGUAGGGGCCGUAGAGGAGGCAAGCACCGAUCUAGAAGCCACAGGUUGGCCCAAAAGGGUAAGAAGAGGGGCCGGGGAGGGCGUCGAGCCAGGAGCCAGUCUGAAGACUCUUCGGAUGACAGCCUGGGGAUCGUGAUAGAAGAGAUCUAUGCUGAUGACCUGAGUGUAGAUGAGGAUCAGAGGGCCCUGUAUGCCACGCUUCAAGCGGCUGCCAAGGAGCUCACCAAGAAGUGGGGCGACCAGGAUGAAGGUGAUGGACCCCGAGAGUUUUUGGCUCUGGUCACUGUCACGGACAAAGCUAAGAAGGAGGAGAUAGAAAAACACCUUCCUGGGACAGAGUCCAUCUGCUUAAAUGUCAAAGAUGAAAAGAGCAGUGUCCCCGAUUUAGUGGCGCUCCUGGCUGUGAGAGACACCCCAGCCUUUGAGAUAGAUAGUGAGGAGGAUUCAGAGACUGAGUCAUUGGAAGACGAAGAGCUAGAAAAAGAGGGGGUGGACAACCCAGAGUUUGUGGCCAUCGUGGCUUACACUGACCCCUCUGACCCCUCAGCUCGGGAAGAGAUGCUAAAAAUCGCUUCUGUCAUCGAGACCCUGGGCUGGAGUGAUAAAAAAGACAAAAAAGAUAUUCUUCCCCAAGUCUUAUCUGUCAUGGCCAAGGACACAUCCGGAACCCGAGUCAAGGUGGAGGAAGCAGGCCGCCAGGUGGAUGCCAUGGUGCUGAGGAAGGCAGAGGAAGAUGGGAACCUUCUCGAAUGCAUUUCUACCUUGGCCGAAGCAGAGAACUGUCCUAAGGGAAAGAAGUCUGGACUGGGCCUCCUCAGAGGCUGGAGUGCGGAGGGUCACCAGGGUGGCCUCCUGGAGCUGGUGGCCCUCUUGGCUGCGCAAGACAUGGUGGAUUCGGUGAGGGAGGAAGAAGCCAGCAGGUGGGGUGGUGGCGGUAGCGGUGGCGGCGGCGGCGGCAGGAAGUGUGACCACAGCCAAGGCGGUUUAUCCGAGGUCCUGGCUUUCCUGGCCUCGCAAGAGAAUCUAGAAUCCAACGAGGAAUCGGAGGAGGGCUCGGAUGCAGAGUCUGAGGAGGAGUCCGAGGACACCGACAGCGAGGAGUCAGAGCCUGAUGGUAGCGCAUCCAAGAAGCCCCGGGCCAAGAGGGCGCGCACCGGCUCCAAGAGCCUUCCUCCGGCCGGCUCAGCCGCGGUCCCCACCGCAUCCCGGGCACGCAAAACCCGAAGGGGUGGCCGAGGCCGCGGCCGGGGCGUCACUCCAGAGAAGAAAGCCGGGAGUGGAGUUUCCACCGAGGAACACGCGGGGAACAAGAAGAAGAAGGGAUCCACAGGCACCGGGCCCCGUGCCAGGGCCGGCGAAGCCAAGGGACAGCCAGCAGCUGUCCCCAAGUCUACCCGCGGGAAGAAAGCGCGUCGGGGUCCCAGGCGGUCCCCCAAAUGCCGUUAGUGCUUCAGAUGUCGUGGCAAGCCCUAUCUCAUGUGUGGCUCCUCCUAUCCCUUCUUUCUCUCGCAUUCUCUCUUCUCCCUGUGUAACCUCUCCCUGAACCGCGUGCGUUUGCGUUGUGUAUUGCUGCGCCCCUGGCCCGGCAUGGUGGGCGCCCAGCUUUCCCUCUUAGUUCCCUGAGCAGAUGGUGUGAGCGAUGGUGAUGGCCGAAGCCUUGAUACCACAAGGAAAAGAGACAGAAACUCGGAUGGUGCGGACGAGGCAUGGGCCUGGAGUUCACGGAAGGGGCUCAGCUUGGUGACCUCCAGAGCUCUGUGGCGUGAGUGCGUGGGGUUUUGAUACUGGUGCACUGGUACCUGCCCACCUGCUUCUGGCCAGCAUCUGGGAUCUACUGUGAGCCGCCCUUAGUCUGACUGGGCCUGGGGGUGAGGCCGGAAGGUGUCUGGGCCCCAGUUGAGUUUGGAAGGGCUAAAGGCCCAGAGAGAGAGAGAGAGAGAGAGAGAGAGAGAGAGAGAGAGAGAG